CCUUAUAGCCCCGGCCCGCCCGGCCCUGCGCGCCGCCCGCACCAUGUCGAGCCGGGAGCACACGGGAUCAACCAACGUGGUUUACCAAGCCCACCAUGUGAGCAGGAGUAAGAGAGGCCAAGUUGUGGGUACCAGAGGAGGAUUUCGAGGCUGCACCGUUUGGCUGACAGGCCUUUCUGGAGCUGGCAAGACAACCAUUGGCUUUGCCCUGGAAGAGUACUUGGUCUCCCAUGGCAUCCCUUGCUACUCCCUGGACGGCGACAACGUCCGGCACGGCCUGAACAAGAACCUGGGUUUCUCGGCGUCGGACCGCGAGGAGAACAUCCGGCGCAUCGCCGAGGUCGCCCGGCUCUUCGCCGACGCGGGGCUCGUCUGCAUCACCAGCUUCAUCUCCCCUUUCACCAAGGACCGUCAAAAUGCACGGAAAAUUCACGAGGCAGCUGGACUUCCUUUCUUUGAAAUCUUUGUAGAUGCUCCUUUAAAUAUCUGUGAAAGCAGAGAUGUGAAGGGCCUGUACAAAAAGGCAAGAGCUGGAGAGAUCAAAGGAUUCACGGGGAUUGACUCGGAGUACGAGAAACCUGAAGCUCCUGAGCUAGUGUUGAAAACGAACAUUGCAUCAGUGUCUGAGUGUAUCCAGCAGGUUGUGGAGCUCCUCCAAGCACAGAAUAUCGUUCCCAGGGGCUCAAUUAAGGACGUUCUUGAGCUGUUUGUGCCUGAAAAUAAGCUCAGCAGUGUCCGAGCUGAGGCAGAGAAGCUGCCAUCCGUGGAGAUCACUAAGCUGGAUCUGCAGUGGGUGCAGGUGCUGAGCGAAGGCUGGGCCACUCCUCUGAAGGGCUUCAUGCGUGAGGCAGAGUACCUGCAAGUGCUCCACUUUGACACCCUGCUCAACGGAAAGAGUCGCUCAGUAGCUGAUGGUGUGGUGAACCUGAGCGUCCCCAUCGUGCUGCCGGUGUCAGAGGAGGACAAGCAGCGGCUGGAGGGCUGCGAGGCGCUGGCGCUCAGCUUCCAGGGCCGCAGGGUGGCCGUGCUCCGGAGCCCGGAGUUCUUCCAGCACAGGAAGGAGGAGCGCUGUGCCCGUGUCUGGGGCACCACCUGCCCCAGGCACCCCCACAUCCAGAUGGUGAUGGAGAGUGGAGACUGGCUGGUUGGGGGAGACCUCCAUGUCCUGGAGAGGAUCAAGUGGAACGAUGGGCUGGACCAGUACCGCCUCACCCCACGGGCUCUGAAGCAGAAGUUCAGGGAGAUGAAUGCUGACGCCGUGUUCGCGUUCCAGCUGCGCAACCCCGUGCACAACGGGCACGCCCUGCUCAUGCAGGACACGCGGCGCCAGCUCCUGGAGAGGGGCUACAAAAACCCUGUGCUGCUCCUGCACCCCCUGGGGGGGUGGACCAAGGAUGACGACGUGCCGCUAGAGUGGCGGAUGAAGCAGCACGCGGCCGUGCUGGAGGAGCAGGUCCUGGACCCCAAGUCGACCAUCGUGGCCAUCUUCCCCUCUCCCAUGCUCUACGCCGGCCCCACUGAGGUGCAGUGGCACUGCCGAGCCCGGAUGAUCGCGGGGGCCAACUUCUACAUCGUGGGGCGCGAUCCCGCAGGGAUGCCGCACCCCGACACCAAGAAGGACCUGUACGAGCCCACGCACGGCGGGAAGGUGCUCAGCAUGGCCCCGGGGCUCACCUCGGUGGAGAUCAUCCCCUUCAGGGUGGCUGCCUACAACAAGCUGAAAAGGGCCAUGGAUUUUUAUGACCCCAAAAGGCACGACGACUUCGACUUCAUCUCAGGAACACGCAUGAGGAAACUCGCUCGGGAAGGGGAGAACCCCCCGGACGGCUUCAUGGCCCCCAAAGCCUGGAAAGUCCUCACCACCUACUACCAGUCGCUGGAAAAGAAGAAUUAACUCUCCUCCUUCCCAGAAAUACUUGUAUUAAGAGUGAGCAAUGAUUGAUUGAUUCCCUAUGACACAGAUCAGUUACUUGGCAUUUCCAGUGCUCUGACCGUGGGAUUUUCCCACCCGGGUCGGAGUGUUUUUUACUAAUCAGAAAUACUUUGAGCCUGGUCCUUCUCCCCUUGAAGCUGCUGGGAGCAUCGUUGUGGAGCUGGAAGGGAGAAGGGCAGCAGGUCCUUCAUUCCCAGCUGAGCCUGGUGGCAGGAAGCCCAGCACAGCCUCCAGAUGGGCCACACGGAUAUUUUGGUGCUGCUGGGGCCACGCUCCGGCUCCCAGUGCAGAGGUGGGGGCUCAGCACCAGGAUAAAUCCUGCCUGUCCCUGCGAGGAGCAGGAAUGAAGAAGUGCCUUCCCAGUGCCCCUCUCCCAGCACUGCCUGACGAGGCAGGAGCAGCUGCUGAAGUGAGGAGCAGGUGCUGCUGCUGGGGUGAGAAACGGGCACCCCGUGCCCAGAUCCAGUCACUGUCCUCCAGGUUGUGCCUUGGACAGUUUUUCCUAGUAAACAGCGGAAUCUUUUUAAUGCCCUUUUUUAAAAGGAUUUUUUUAAAUCAGCCUUGACCACCUCCAGUUCCUUGUGGCCGAGCCAGUUGCUCACUGACAUUCCUUGCUUCCUUCCUCCCGCUUGACCUCUCUGGUCAAACAAAACCCGGGAUGAGCGUUCCUGGUGCUCUGAGCUCAGCUCUCUGUGGGGACUGUGCCAUGGUGCUCCCUGUGCUCACAGCCUGGCAGGGGAAGCUGGCCUGGGAGGCACCUGAGAUCUCUGAGGAAGAUCUGGGCAGCAAGAAAAAAUUGGGGAUGCCAUCCACAUGCUCUGGGGUAUAUUCCUGCCUGGCAGGAUCGGAUCC